UGAUUUUCAGCUCUGGGACAUAUUUUGGCAAAGCUUGAAGAAGCAUGUUCGAUGUGUGAGAUGGUCUGCCAACUAAUGGCGACAUUCGUGAAAUGUGUUCAUUAUUUUCAUUCAUUUCAGUACGGCUGUCCCACGUUUGAUUUCUAAGGUUUGGUGUUCAUGAAUCUACCAGGAUCCGAAUUGUGGCCCACCGCGUACGUGUCGGAAUGACUUUCUGAAGGUCAUCAUUGAAAAAUCUCCUCGUGGUCGUCGAGAUGAGCGAAGGCGCGUUGGCCAACGUCAGCGGGGUCGUCGAAUACCGAGACUCGCUCGGCAAGGCGGUGGUCAAGAACGUCGUGGUGCUCGCCAUCGGACUCUCCAUCAACUACAUCGACGUCAGCCUCAUGUACACCUUCUGUAAGCACCAGAUGUUCUACUCCAACCCUCGCUACAUCCUGUUCUUCACCUUGGUUCUGAAUGACAUGAUCCAGAUGAGCGUGGGCAUCACCCUGUUCGUCAACAGUUACGCCCGCUACAGGAUCACCGUGAUGUCGUGCGCCCCCUUCAUCCUGACGGCCAUCAUCACCACCGAGAACACGCCCCUCAUCCUGGCGUGCAUGGCGGGCGAGUGCUACGUGGCCGUGCGUCUGCCGCUCCACCACGCCCGCAUCUGCACGGUCAGGAGGACUCUGCUCCUCAUCGCCUCGAUUUUGACAAUCAGCGUCGUCUCCGCUUUUCCGGACCUCUUUGUCACUUUGGCCACUGAACGGCGAGACUUCUUCUCGUCCAAAAUCUUCUGCCUCCGAGAGACGGCCUUCCCCAGCAAGAAGCUGGCCCAGAAGCGGGACAUCACCUACAUCGUGUACCUGAUCCUGGUCUGGUCGGUCAUCUUCUUCACGUACUUCAAGAUCCUGUUCACGGCUCAAGCGGCCGGCAAGGACGCCAAGAAGGCCCGGCGGACUAUCGUCCUGCACGGCGUUCAGGUUCUGCUGUGCAUGACCACGUACGCCGCGCCUCUGGUCAAGGACGCGCUACUCCGCGUCUUCCCCAAGAGCUACUCCGACUCGCUGUUCGCCUGCUACAUCAUCGUGCAGGUGUGGCCCCGCUCCAUCAGCCCCAUCAUCUACGGCGUGAGGGACAAGUGCUUCAGGAAGUACCUCAAACACUACCUCAUCUGCAGGACCGCCCCGCACGGUGGUACCUCCUGA